AUGCAGCUGGAGGCCAAAAUAGUGGACGGCGGCGAAGUUUUUGUAGCGGGGAACUGGCUCCCGAGCUGCAAACUCUUUAAGGAUGAGCACUUCCUGGCGGCGUUUGGUCUAAGCCCGGCUUUUCCCAAGGAGGCUUCUCUAGCUUAUAUAAAGGAAACAGACCAGGACAUGGCCGAACGACUAACCUCUGCUGCUCUGAAGGCUGCUCGGAUUAGGGUCGAGAUGAAGGCCAACAAGAUUAACAAGCCUUCCAAGCCAAAGGAUCCUUCCAACCCUAAGCCGAGGAAGCGCAAGGAACGAACUGAGGAGAGGGUGGAGAGGACGGAGAAGGCCUUGGCGAAGGCCCGAGCCGAGAGGGAGGCCUCGGCAAAGAAGGCAAGGCAAGAGCCUUCUGUGGAGGUGAACAGCCCUCGCCAGGCUUCUGGGGAUGACAAUACCCACAUCUCCCUUCACCCGGAGGACUUCGAGCCUGUGCGCAGUCCAAGCCACGCCCAGGGGACUUCGCAUACCGAGCAGACCUUGUCCGAGGCGCCGGUCCCCUUUACUGAAAUGUCCAAGACGGACAAAAGACAACGGAUCGCCAGUGCCUUGGAGAUACUGUUUUCCAUCCGGAUGACUAAAGUAGCCGAGGACCGGCUAGCGCUAGUGCAAGAGGUCCAGAGCUUGAAAGAGGCGGCUCGGAAGCACUUCGAUGAAGUUUAUCAGGCCAAGGAGGCCCAGCGUCUGGCCGAGCUUCGCUUGGAGGAGGCCAACAACAAAAUUGACAAGGGCGAGGCGACCUGGAAGCAGGAGAGGGAAGACUGGAAAGUGGAAAAGGCCAACCUUUCUCUUGCCAAAGAAAAUGCCGAGUCCGCCAAGGUUACGGCCGAAACCAAGCAAGCUCAGGCCGAGAAGGAUUUGGAGGAGGUCCGGCUCAAACUCUCUGCGGCCGAGGCCCAACUAAAGGAAGCUCAAGCGGCCGUUUCUCGCUCUCAGGAGGAGUGGUUCAAAGCCUGGCAGAAGUCGGAUGACUGUACCGAGUUCUGCGCUGAGGUGGGCCAAUCCUCCCAUAAGAUGGGCGAGGACGAGGCGCUCUCCAAGCUCAGGGAAGCCUUGGCUGACUCCUGUCCUGAAGCUGACUGGAAUUCAGUCUGGUCUCGCUAUCAGGAGUUGUCUGAAGCCGAGGCAGCCGAGAUUAAAGCCAAAAUGGCUGAGGAGAUGAGCUCGGACGAUGAUACUGAUGAUGAUGAAGAAGAUGCUGCUAGCACCGAGCCACCUCCAACCGAGCAACCUGCUGCUGAGCAACCUGCCACCGGUCCUUCUUCUUAG